GCGACUACAACUGCAGGGUUCCGCGCGGGAAGGCUAACGUCGUCCUGUGUGUGGAGUGGCGUUGGUUCAGCCGUCGGCCUUUCACCCGUCUUCAGGCCAUCAGUCUUUCUUUUAGUCAAGAUGAGUGAUAAGCCAGACUUGUCUGAAGUGGAGAAGUUUGACAGGUCAAAACUGAAGAAAACCAAUACUGAAGAAAAAAAUACUCUCCCUUCACAGGAAACUAUCCAGCAAGAGAAAGAGUGUGUUCAAACAUCGUAAAAUGGGGAUCUCCUCCCAACAGCAAAUUUCAACAUUGCUUAAGUGUCUUAGUUUGGGGUUUGUUUUUUAUAAACCUAUGUGUUUGUAGAGAUUUUAGGCAUCUUCUGAUUUCUUCCCAUCUGUAUUCCCAGCCAGUGGUCCCUUUUUAAAAUUUUCCAUUGAUACAUACAUUCCAUCUGGCAGGUGCUGUUAAUAAUAUUACCAUUGAUGACCUUUGUUUGUGUAGUCUUUGCAUCCCCAAAAGUUAAGCCACUUUUAACUUUCUACAGUGGAUGUAUCUGUUGUUCCACAAUAUUCAUGAAGUGGCAUGCAUUUGCAACUUCUCAGUUUAUUUUCAUUUCUAAUGUAGUGAUAAAAUAAUAAAUACAGUCAU